ACCGCCAAUUUAUUUAAUCUCUCCCUCCCUUUGCCAUAUUAUUUGGCUAUUUGCAAUGAAAUUAAAUCAAGAACAACAACAACAACAUGACACGUGUAAAACAAUCGAAGUAGUUCCAUCCUUAACUACUAUGAUCAUGUCCUCCGCCGCCGAUUUUAAUUCUAAUAAUAUUAAUAAUAAGAAAAUUUUUGAUUCGAAUGGUGAUGAAGAGCUGUACACACCCCCAUUAAAUUUUUCAAUGGUUGAUCAUGGAAUUUAUCGUUCCGGGUUUCCCGAUACCCCAAAUUUCUCCUUUCUUCAUACCCUUGGCCUUCGCUCUAUUAUAUACUUGUGUCCAGAGCCAUAUCCGGAACAUAACAUGAGAUUUUUGAAAGCUAAUGGAAUUCAGUUAUAUCAGUUUGGAAUUGAAGGAACUAAGGAACCUUUUGUUAGUAUUCCUGAAGAUACAAUUCGUGAAGCGUUAAAAGUUGUUCUUGAUGUACGAAAUCACCCAUUGUUAAUUCAUUGCAAAAGAGGCAAGCACCGAACUGGUUGUCUAGUCGGAUGUUUAAGAAAAAUUCACAGAUGGUGUUUGACGUCUAUUUUUGACGAGUACCAAAGGUUUGCAGCUGCCAAAGCUAGAAUAUCGGAUCAAAGGUUUAUGGAGCUGUUUGAUGCGUCCGGAUUUAAAGAUAUAUCGCCGUGUCCAUGUUUAUGUUCUAAGAGAUAAAAUGUGGCACUGCUGAAGGGCGUAUUUUGUCCUUCACAUGAGUUGGAAUAAACUGGAAUAGGCAUUCAUUUCUCGGAUUAUGUUUAGCUGAUCUGGAAUGAUAAUUCCCAUUCCUUGAGGAUUACUUAUAACAGUUGUUCUCUUUGUUAGGACUUCAGUAAAUUUCUUUGUGUACCCCAAUUGAAAAUGAAAGUAUAUCAAGUUAUUCUGUGACAAAGCCCUUUUUUAUUGGUUAUGAUACCUGCAUACGGCUCCUCAACUUCUAUACAGAGAGUUGCGUUAGUUAUACACUUGUAGAUUAUACUUUUCUUACUUGAUCCAACGGUGUUCAACUGUUCAUGUAAAUAGUGAUGUUUUUACAAUUGCGGAUUAGUUUGUAUGGAUAUACUGCAAACAAAUUAACGUAGUUUUUUUUAUGUCAA